AUGGCUGAUCGCGAUAUUCUCCCCGAUAACCUCAAGCCCUCCCACUACGCCCUGUCCCUCCGAGACCUCGAGUUUCAGAACUGGACAUACCAGGGAACCGUCGACAUCACCGUCGAGAUCACCAAGCCCACCAAGGAAGUCGUCCUCAAUGCCCUGGAAAUCAAGCUCUCGAGUGCCAAGGUCACUGAUGAUGCUGGCCAAGAGGUGUCGUCGACGAACUUCUCCUACGACGAGAGGGCUCAGCGUGCCACCAUCGUCUUCGACCAGGAGCUCCCCACAACCUCUAAGGCGGUGUUGUCCAUCGGCUUCGAGGGUAUCAUGAACAAUGAGAUGGCUGGUUUCUACCGAAGCAAGUACAAGCCCGCCGCUCCCGCCGCCGCCUCUGUUCCUCGAGACGACGACUGGCACUACAUGUUCAGCACCCAGUUCGAGUCGUGCGAUGCCCGCCGCGCCUUCCCCUGCUUCGACGAGCCCAACCUCAAGGCUACUUUCGACUUCGAGAUUGAGAUUCCCGAGGACCAGGUUGCUCUCAGCAACAUGCCCGUCAAGGACAUCAAGAAGACAAAGGAUGGCUGGCAGGCGGUCUCCUUCGAGACGAGCCCCAUCAUGAGCACCUAUCUUCUCGCCUGGGCAUUUGGUGACUUUGAGUACGUCGAGGCUUACACCGACCGCCAGUACAAUGGUAAGACCAUCCCUGUCCGCGUCUACACGACUCGCGGUCUUAAGGAGCAGGGCAAUUGGGCUCUCCAACACGCUCCCAAGAUUAUCGACUACUUCUCAGAGAUUUUCGACAUCGACUACCCCCUGCCCAAGUCUGACUUGCUUGCCGUCCACGAAUUCACCCAUGGCGCCAUGGAGAACUGGGGUCUCGUGACCUACCGUACUACCCAGGUUCUCUUCGACGAGAAGAAGUCCGACGCGAGGUUCCGCAACUCCGUAGCCUACGUCGUCGCCCACGAGCUUGCCCACCAAUGGUUCGGCAACCUUGUCACCAUGGACUGGUGGGAUGAGCUCUGGCUCAACGAGGGCUUCGCCACCUGGGUCGGUUGGCACGCCGUUGAUCACCUCCACCCCGACUGGAAGGUCUGGGCCCAGUUCGUCAACGAGGGUAUGGAGUCUGCCUUCAAGCUCGACAGCAUUCGCGCCAGUCACGCCAUCCACGUGCCCGUUCGUGAUGCUCUCGACGUCAACCAGAUUUUCGACAACAUCAGCUACCUCAAGGGAUGUGCUGCCAUCCGCAUGCUUGCCAACCACCUCGGCGUUGAGACCUUCCUCAAGGGUGUCUCCAACUACCUGAAGAAGCACGCUUACGGCAAUGCCAAGACCUCCGCGCUCUGGCAGGCUCUCAGCGAGGCCUCUGGCCAGGAUGUCAACGCUCUCAUGGACCCCUGGAUCUCCAAGAUUGGUCACCCCGUAUUGAGCGUCAAGGAACCCUCCCCUGGCGAGAUUACUGUCCGCCAGUCUCGCUUCCUCGCAACCGGUGAUGUCAAGCCGGAGGAAGAUGAGACCAUUUGGUGGGUCCCUCUCCUACUCGAGGGUAAGGCCGGCGCCCAGGGUGUCCAGCCCCUUGCUCUUACCACCAAGGAGGAGACCAUUGGCGGUAUCGACGAUGACUUCUACAAGCUCAACUCUGGCGCUACCGGCUUCUACCGUGUCAGCUACCCUCCCGAGCGACUCGAGAAGCUGUCUAAGCAGCUCGACCGCCUGAGCAUCGAGGACAAGAUCGCUAUCAUCGGCUCUACUGCCGACCUGGCCUUCAGCGGAUAUGGAAGCACCCCCUCUCUCCUCUCCUUUGUUCAGGGCUUCGCCAAGGAGACAAACUACAUGGUCUGGAGCCAGGUCCUUGACUCCAUCGCGCGCGUCAAGGGUGUCUUUGGAGACGAUGAGGCCAUUCGCGCUGGAUUGGAGAAGUUUACUGUUAAGCUCGUGAGCGGGGCCGUUGACGAGAUUGGUUGGGAGUUUGCUGAGGGCGAGCCAUAUCUCACCUCUAUGUUGAGGAAGCGGUUGAUUGCCACUGCUGGCUUCAAUGGACAUCCUGGCGUCACUCUCGAGGCUCUCAAGCGUUUCAAUGCCUGGUGCGACGACCGUGACUCGGAUGUCAUCCACCCUAGUCUCCGUCUCGCCGUUUACAACGUUGCCAUCAAGAACAACCCCGCCAAGGCCGUCGAGGUCCUGAAGAACGAGUGGUUCAACACCAAGUCCAUCGACGGCAAGACCAUCUGCCUCAGCGCCCUCGGCGCCGUCAAGGACGAGUCCAUCAUCCGUGACAACCUCCUCCCCUUCCUCUUCAACGCCUCCCCUCCCGCCCCCGUCGAGAACUCCGUCCCGUCGGCCGACAUGCACGUCCUCGGCAUCGGCCUCGCCGGAAACCACAUCGCCCGCGGCAUCCAGUGGAAGUACCUCCAGGACAACUGGGCCGCCUGCGUCGCCAAGCUCGGUAACCCCAUCGUCCUCGACCGCUUCGUCCAGGUUUCGCUGCCCGGCUUCACGAACGCGGGCGUCAUCGAGGAGAUUGAUGCCUUCUUCGCCGAUAAGGAUACCAAGGCUUUCGAUCGCACGUUGCAGACCGUCAAGGACAAGAUUCGGGGACGGGCGGCGUAUCGUGAGAGGGAUAUUGAGGCUUUGCGUGAGUGGCUUACGACGAAUGGAUACAUGUCGUAA